AUGCAAUUUACCGCCAAUAUACCACCAAAGUUGGUGCUGAAAGGCACCCCAAGAGAGAUUGGUCUCAAACAUGGUCGUCGUCUCCAGAACCAGAUCAAGGACCAACUGGAGAUCUAUCGAGAAAUGUUCGAUUAUACCUCCAAGAUGCAAUGGCCCGCGGUGCGCAUGCUGGCUGAAGAAUUUCGCUCGACAUUGGAACAAAGCAUGCCUGAUAUCUAUGUGGAAAUGCAGGGCAUCGCGGAAGGCGCGGGGGUGGACCUGCUUGAUAUCGUAGCGUUAAAUUGCCGAAGUGAGAUUUCUUUAGGGAAAUUUUCGGACGGAUGUACCACGCUUUCAUGGAAGAAGAGUGACCAUGUCAGGGUCUUGUCGCAGAAUUGGGACUGGACCACGAGCGUAGGGAAAAACAUGGCGAUGGUACGCAUUGAGGGGCACGGGAAGCCGGUAAUCCACAUGGUGACGGAGGCGGGGCUGGUUGGUAAGAUCGGGUUCAACAGCGCCGGUGUCGGCGUCGGUCUAAAUGCCAUCAAAGCGCCUGUUUGUGACAGUUCAAAAGUCCCCAUCCACGUGGCUCUCCGCCUGUGCCUGGAAAGUGUCUCCGUGGAUGCUGCCCUAGAGCGACUGACCUCACUUGGGGGUGCGGCUUCAAGCCAAUACAUUAUCCUAGCCGAGAGCUCGAAAUCACUUGGACUGGAGCUGUCCCCACUCGGCGAUGUUUAUAUCCAGGAGGACCGGAACGGAAUGAUUAUGCACACAAAUCAUUUUAUCGCAAACAGUUGCGUACAGCAACCACCAUGGCUCCCAGGCUCUCCGGUACGACUACAGCGGUGCCAAGACCUUUGUGACAACCUUGUUCAGGCCGGAGUGGCUGGAAAGCAGGUCACCCCGACACUUCUAAGAGAAAAGAUAUUCUCGGACAGAUACAAUGCUCCCGAGGCCAUCUGCUGCUCUGAGGAUCCAUUAGCGCAUCCAACACAAAAAUGUUCAACGUUGUUCAACAUCGUGAUGAAUCUGGAACGGGAUAACCUGGGGGCCGAGGUUAUUUUCGGGCGUCCUGGGUAUGGGGAGGCGAGUGCCGUAGUCAGACUACCCUGGGGACCGGAGGACGGGCAUUAUUGAAGGCCUUCUGCUUUGUUCGGCUUCUCCGGUCCGAAACAAGUACCCGGAGUGCCGG